ACUGCACACAAGUAAAAUAAGUCUAAAAUAUCUGUUCUUUAUCAUUGUCUAUUUGUCUGCAUCAAAUCGACCAUCUGUCAGUAAGGAAGAUGGGCUUUUUCCAUGCGUUGCCAGUCCUGUUGUUGUCUUUCCCCUCUUUGGCCAGCAGGGGGCCCUGUCGUAAAUCUCCUCGUGUAACGGAAGCUGUUACACGUGACACGUGAGCAUGUAAACACAGAGCGGCCCCUCUGUACCCCUUCGAUGCAGUCCCGUUGUAUUUCGCUGGCAUUCACGGCCGCUGUGCUGUGUGUGUGUCGGGGCUACACCCUGAGGAGCUCGGUGUCCUGGGUCGUCUCGAACGACGUGGUGGAGCCGGAGGACGCGGACCUGUCGGAGGAGGUGGCCCCAGCGCUGCUGGUGGACACCACCGGGAUGUGGAAGAAGCAGGCUGAGAGUCCCGGAGAGAUGGUGAAGUCUGAGGAAGACACUGUUGUCCAGCUCUCGUCUCGUCUUUUUUCGUAUCCGGUUGAAAAAGUGAAAAACUCCGCCAGCAGCAGCAGCAGCUCCCCUCCUCCACAUCAGGAGACCGCGAGGACAGCCAGAUACAUCGCCCACAGCAGUGACUGGGGCGUGCUGUCCACCAUCUCCUCUCAACAGGGGAUCAAAGGAAUCCCAUUUGGAAACAUCUUUUCAGUCAGUGAUGGCCCACUGGAAAAUAGCACUGGCAUUAUUUACUUCUAUAUGACUCCAAUGGACAACUCUGUCUCAGACUUGAAGAUAAACCCGUAUGCUUCUUUGACCUUCUCUGAGGCAGAAGGCGACUUUUGUCGGCAAAUGAUUUAUGAUCCUGAGGAUCCGAGAUGUGCUCGACUGACUCUUACAGGAAAGAUGAUGGAAGUUCCUCCUGAAGAUGUAUCAUUUGCUAAGGAAGCAAUGUUUUCCAGACACCCUGUCAUGGCCAAAUGGCCAGUGGGCCACAAGUGGUUUUUCAUGAGGCUAGACCUGAUCCAAGUAUGGCUGCAGGACUGGAUUGGAGGCACAUCACUAAUACCUUUGGAAGACUACUUUAAAGCUACUCCUUUCUGAUAUUAAUUUCUUUGUAUUUCUGUAUCUCAUAUCGAUAUGAUUUUUUUUCAGUACUUGGAAGGUUUAAGUAGGCGACUAGUUGAUCUACGGUAUUUUAAAAGAAUGUAUAAAUCCACCGCAUAUGUCCCAAAAUAAAAUGAAUGUAUGACUAUCAUCUACCACACAAGCCCGCAGGCAUCUUGAAUGGUAAAAACGCUUUAGGACUUGUGAUCUACCCACUAGAUGGCGCACUGUGACCAUUUACUACUCCAAGUAAAGUUUAUUUAGGUUUAGACUUUGCCAUUCCAAUUCUGUAAUUUUAUCACAUCAUCUGUUCAAUCGGAAAUUUCUUUGUAUAAUGUGUUUGCUUUACCUACGGUGUUUACCUCAUGAUUUAGCAACCUACCAUGUCACUUACUCUAACCAAGUUAAAUACAAUGCACACCACUAAAGUAAAACGUAUAAAAUAUAUAGGCCAAAAGCCUCAUGUUAUGAUGUUAAUGAUUGCACUAAAAUAAAUACACACUUUGAAAACAGCAGAGCUCUGGUUUUAUUUUGACAGAGCCGGAAACAGUGGGUGUUCUCAUGCACGCGCGCUGGUGUGCACUGCAGGUGGGUGCAGGCGGUGCAGGC